AUGCAUUCGCCAUCUCCCCAACUCCUCCGUGCCCUACGCACCUCCCUCGCCGGGCCUGCGACCCGUCGCCCCCAUCCCUGCCUCCCGCGGUCACGCUUAGCCCUCACCACCGCACGCAGCUACAGCGCCCCGAUCCGGCCAACACGCAUGAUCCCCCGCGCACACGCCCACAAGCCAACCACUCACGACCGUGGCCCCCAGUCCAAAGAAGACACCCAGACAGACUUUGCUACGCUGGAUGUCUUGGGCAACACGCCCGUGCCGACUACCGCCAUCGACGCCUGCCUCGACUCCGGCUUCCACCUGAACUCUGGGCUCAAGAUCACUGGCGGCGAUGGGCUGCUGCUGGUUGGCGGCGAGGCAUUUGCGUGGCGGCCGUGGCGGGCCGGAAUGGCUGCGGAAGGCGACGAGCGCGCGGCCAAGAUGGGUAUGAUCAAUGCGAAGGGCCAGUUUGAGCUCGAUGAGCAAGCUUGGGGCUUGUUGAGCGUGGUGUGGCCUCGACCCGAUAUGCUCAUCUUGGGACUCGGGGGUUCCAUGCUACCCCUCUCGCCGGAGACAAAACGACACAUCAAUGCACUAGGAAUCCGUGUCGAUAUUCUGGAUACUCGAAAUGCAGCUGCGCAGUUCAAUCUACUGGCUACCGAGCGCGGUGUCUCGGAGAUCGCGGCGGCGAUGAUCCCUAUCGGAUGGAAUCGACGGUCUUGA